AAUCAGAAAUUCAUUUGUUUAAUGCUCUCUAACAAACAAUAAGAAAUUCAAUAUAACUUCAGAUGAGAACAAAUCAUUUCUAUCUUCACUGGAUCAUUCUUUUCUCUCGAAAAUGUUCGAUGCCACGAUCUCAAAAUGUCUGCAGCUUCUAUAUAUGUUCUUCCGUAAACUAAAUUCCAUCAAGUUACCAUCGGAUAACGCGAGUACCCCUCUAGCUCCUAGCUCUACUCAAUUUUCUAUAUAAAAAAAAAAACUUGACGAAACCAUGGAUUAAUAUAUAUAUGCGAGUAACUUGUAUUUUGCAGGAUGAGUUCGUUCGAUGGUACUUGGGGCUAUCCUUCUCAGCUAGAGUGGUGAUUUAUAUUACAGUUUUGGGAACAAUAAUGACGAUUACUUAUUUGGUAUUGAAAUUCCUGAGCGAAUGUGACAUGGAGGAUGACACACAGAGGCUACCAUUGGUGGCAGAAGAAGAAGUCACCACCGAUUGGACGCCGCCGUUGAUCAAUGAGUCGUUGGAGGUAACGGGGAAGGGAGAUGUAGAAACGGCGUCGUUUAGCUCGUCGGAUGAUGUGGACUACUCGACACUGUGUGUUAUAUGCUUCGAGGAACGUAGAAACUGUUUCUUUGUACCGUGUGGUCACUCUGCCACUUGUCGCGGCUGUGCUCAAAGGAUCUUGUCGGAAGAAAGUAAGGUGUGUCCGAUUUGCCGAAGGGUGAUACGCAAAUCAAAGAGAUUAGUGUUGAAAAAGCUUUGAGCGCCGUUGCUUUGCCUAAUCACCAUUUUGCGAACUCAUGCUUCCAAGAAACGCCCUUUGCUUUGCGUUUUAUUAUUAUUUGUUCUUUUCAGUUUUCAGCGACACAAGUGAAAGAAAGAUCCGAGUAUCUUUGGUGUCACCACAAGACUAUAAUUCCAUACAAUCUGUAAUUUAACAAUGCAAUUCUUUAACAACCAAAAACAAAGACAAUUCCAUGCCAAUGUACACACUAGCAUUUGGAUUUGUUUCUUUUUCGGUAAACCGAUUUGUAUUUAUCAUGCCAACUGUU